UCUUGCUUCUUGUAUAUAAUUAGCUCUGAAGACUUAUUUGAUAUCAUUCAGCUCUGAAGCAGCAACUUGAUAACACAAUCAAAAUGUUCAAACUGUUCCUAUUCGUCUGCUUCCUGGCCUUCGCUGCCGCUAAGCCCAGCGUGUUUCCCGUGGCAUACACAGCAGCGUACACCGCUCCCGUAGCAGCGGCGUACACAGCCCCCGUAGCGUACUCGGCCUAUACCGCACCUGUCGCUUACUCCGCUUAUUCCACUUAUGGAUACGCUUCUCCAUACGCCGCUGCUUACUAUGUGCGCACAAAGACAAACAAAAAAGAUAUGUUCAAGCAAAUUAUCUUCGUUACCCUGCUCGCUGUCGCAGCAGCUAAGCCUGGUAUUCACUCCGUGGCUUACUCCGCUCCCGUGGUGGCAGCCCCCGUUGCGGCAGCCUACACCGCUCCCAUUGCGGCAGCCUAUACUGCAUACAGUGCCCCCGUUGCGGCCGCCUACACUGCGCCAGUUGCGGCUGCAUACCCUGCCCGAGUAGCAGCUUAUACCGCACCUGUAGCCGCCGCCUACACUGCACCAGUUGCCGCUGCCUACACUGCACCAGUUGCCGCUGCCUAUCCUGCCUAUGCUUCUGCUUACACUGCUCCUUUUGCUGCAUACAGAGCACCCGUUUUCCUGAAAUGAGUCCCAAAAAUAAUAAACGACUGAUUAGACAUGAUUAAAGAUAUUAGCUAAA